UCUGCGGUUUGUCGACAUCUCAGUGACUCACUGAGCUUUGUUAGUUUUGCGCGGGCGACGUCAUCUUGGACCUCAUCUCUCAACUCUCAAGCAUGCUUGCAGCCAACGUACCUUAGCUUAAGUUUCAGUGCAGCACCGAAUCCCACGGUCUUGGUUCGGUUCAAGUUCUAUUCCAUCUUAGCUGUUGUAAAUCUGAGCCACCCUCUUAUCGAUCUCGCUGUCAAUGGCCGGCAAGCCCACCGUUGCCAAGUCGCCGCCGGCACUUAUCCCGCCGGCCGGGCCAACCCCUGGCGGCACACUCCCGCUCUCCUGCAUCGACAAGACCAUCUCUGGUCUCGUCAACAUCAUCCAGGUCUUUCCCCCGUCCUCGCUCUCCGCCGACCACGAUGACCAAGGCGCCGCCGUGGCCGCGAUGCGCAGCGGGUUUGCGAGGGCUCUUGUGCCGUACUACCCGGUGGCCGGUCGCAUCACCCCGUCCGGCCUAGCGGUGGACUGCACUGGUGAGGGCGUCUGGUUCGUGGAGGCCGCCGCGAGCUGCGCGCUCGCCGACGUGGACGGCCUUGAGUCCUUCCCUCUGCCCAUCCCCGGGGAGCUCCUCCUCCCGCGCCCUCCCCCAGGCGAGAAGCUCGACGGCCUCAUUCUCAUGGCUCAGGCGACGAGGUUCACCUGCGGUGGGUUCGCCGUUGGGAUCACCUUCAGCCACACCGUGUUUGACGGGUACGGCGCGGCGCGGUUCCUGACGGCUGUGGGGGAGCUAGCGCGGGGGCUCCCAGCGCCGUCGGUGGCUCCGGUGUGGGACCGCCACUUGAUCCCUGACCCGCCCAGCCCGCCGCCUCCGUUUUUCGCGGUCGUCACGGAGUUCAGCCGGCUCGUGACCCAGGUGGCGGACAUCUCGGCGGAGAGCAUCCAGCGCGUCAAGAAAGAGUUCAAGCAGGCUGCGGGGGAGGGCUGCUCCACCUUCGACGCGGUGACAGCCGUCGUGUUUAAGUGCCGCGCGCUGGCACUGGCGGGGGCGCUCCCGGACGUCGCCGACGUCCGGGUCAGCUUCCCUGCCGGCACGCGACACCUCCUCCGCGACGUGCUGCCGGCAGUGGACGGGUACUACGGCAACUGCGUGUACCUGGGGUGCGUCGGUAGGAUCAGCAGGGCCGCCCGGGAGUCGGCGCUGGCGGAGUUGGUCGGCGCAGUACGGGAGGCGAAGGAGGCCGUCGCUGCGGGGUUCGCGGACUGGAGACGCGGCGUCUAUCGCUACGACGUGCCGCUGGACUACAGCACGGCGAUUCUGUCGGACGCGAGCCGCCUCGGGUUCGAUGAGGUGGACUACGGUUUCGGUGAGCCCGCGUUCUAUACGUACCCGCACGACGACAAGGCCAACUUCGCCGCGACGCUCCUAGUCGUCAGGCCGCCGGCGCCCAGGCGCGGGGGCGUCCGGGUGCUGAUCCGCUGCGUCGAGGAGCCGCACGCCGCCAUCUUCGCUGCCGAGCUCGCCAAGUUUGCCUAGAGGCAAUGCAU